AUCGCCUAUCAAUAUCUCGGACCAUAUCUGUGCAUCACAAAGCCGUCGAUUGAAGAUGUCAAAGCUCGCGUGUCAGCUGAUAAAAAUAUUAGUGCGCGUAAUUUCCGAGCAGCUGUCGUAAUCGAAGGAUGUCCAGCAUUCGAUGAAGACUGGUGGAUGGAACUCAGAAUUGGUGAUGUUCUCUUUCAGUGCUAUGAGACGUGUGAUCGGUGA